CAGGACAUUUGAGACAAUGGAGAAUGGGAUAAAGCGCCAAACGGAAUACACAAAGGAUUUUGACUAUGAGGAGUUGGUUAUUGACGAAGGAUCAUUAAAAUCGGUUAAGCUGAUUGCUAAAGAUAUCAACAAGGAAGUUUCGUUGUUCUUCCUUAAGCCCAGGUUGCUGAAGGUGUCGGACACCAUGCCCUGGAUCUGCUCUGUUAGAAGUAUCUACAUCAUUUGUGAAGUUUACACCACCAACAUCCAGCUCCUGGUGUCGGACAGUAAACUGAUCCAAUGGUACAAACCCGACAGCAGGAUUCCCAUUGCGUUUCUCUGCAGGAAGUUCAAGUUGAACUCGACGGGGCUGAUUGGUGCCGAGUUGGCCAUGAGGAGGUCACCAAAGAGCGCCAACUUUGUAAAAUCUUCCUCCAGGGUUUAUCACCAGGUGCUUGUCCGGGAUCAAGGCGCUCCAGCACGAUGUGAGGAUGCCAGAGGCUUUUUCCGAAGCAUUCUACCAGAAUGCUGUCUCUCUUGGAGCCCCGCUGAUUUGAAAUCCCAGCACUUCGCGCAAGGUGGAUCCCUUCAGGCAAAGCCUUCCACAUCGCUGGAAGAGGGUUCGUCUGAUGGAUUUUCGCACAAAACAGGCUCUUCCCGCAGCACAUCCAACACACCGACCCCGAGGGCAGACAGGAGGCCCUGGAUCUCCCUGUCGUCCCCUUUGCCUGUCACUACCAAGAAUCUGAUCACGCUAAUGUCUCCGCCUCACGACGCCGAGGGGACGGUGGGAGAGCCGUUCCGCGUCGACACAUCGGCCAGAAUCCCGACACCGGCCCGCGAACGCUUCUCCCGCCUGUCUCUUCGUCAACCCGGCAUGCAGUCUACCACGGUAAUAGAAAAGGUUGCGACAACUUCGGUCGUUUCUCCCUCUACUGUGGACAGCCUUGCUUCCCCCAGGAAAGCAGUGACAUCUUCUGCCUCGUCAGAGUCAAGUUUGCCGACUCCCUAUUCAUUGCAGGAAGUUCCCGGAACUUCUGCCUUACCGCAGUCAGUUGCGGAACCAUCUGUGGAGACUGCUCCCACGCCCCACUCAAUUGCGGAGUACCCAUGUGUCCUGCACAGCACUGUGGACUUCACUAAUUUGCCACGGUCAUUUCCGGAACCCCUUCUUGUACAACAGACAGUUACGAAACCCGUUCUUGUACAACAGUCAGUUGCGGGACCCGUUCUUGUACAACAGUCAGUUACGGAACCCCUUCUUGUACAACAGACAGUUGCGGAACCCCUUCUUGUACAACAGACAGUUGCGGAACCCCUUCUUGUACAACAGUCAGUUGCGGAACCCGUUCUUGUACAACAGACAGUUGCGGAACCCCUUCUUGUACAACAGACAGUUGCGGAACCCCUUCUUGUACAACAGACAGUUGCGGAACCCCUUCUCGUACAACAGACAGUUGCGGAACCCCUUCUCGUACAACAGACAGUUGCGGAACCCCUUCUCGUACAACAGACAGUUGCGGAAACUGCUCCCUCGCCCGACCCAAUUGCGGAGAAUCCGCGUGUUCCGCACACCGCAGUGGAAUUUCUUAAGUUACCACAGUCAGUUGCGGAACCCCUUCUUGUACAACAGACAGUUGCGGAGCCCCUUCUUGUACAACAGACAGUUGCGGAAACUGCUCCCUCGCCCGACCCAAUUGCGGAGAAUCCGCUUACACCUCAGGCUCCUGCGGGAUCCACGGUGCCGCAGCGACCAGUGGCUGCACCCCGAUGUUUUGCGAAUACGGGGGCAGGAGGCCUGCAACCGCCCCCCGCCCGUCCCAGCAGCAGUUCGUCUUCCAGCUCCAGCAGCGGUUCCCGGCUCUGUAGCACACGUCCGUCCGAGCCCCGGCACCGGGAGCUAGAACAACAACAUGGCACCGACUCCUCAGCGCUGAUCCUCACCAUCCAGGACUUGAUCAAUAUCCUCCGGGCCAUUGUCCUGUCCGGGCACCCACCGCCCUGCUCCAGCAUCAGUCCGCCUGCCGCUCACCACCCGGGGCUCGACCAAACCUGCGGCGCCCCGUGGGCCCAGGAAAGGCGAGAGCCGAGCCCACCGCCGGGGCCCGGAACCCGCCUGGUCAGACGGCGCCGGACGCCCACCUCCGACAGCUCAACAGAGCUCGGCCCCCGUCAGCCCCUCAAGGUGACCGCUCGGCCCGUCAGCCGCCUGCCCUCCUCCUCUUACUCGGCCCCGCUCAGGGAGGCUGUUGUAUCUCUGCCCAGCACGUUCAGGGAGACCGCUCGGCCUACCUCCCGUUUGUCCGUUCCCUCCUCCAACCCGCACAAGGAGAGCGAUCAACUGCCCUCCCACUCCCCCGCCUCUUUAUACGACCCGCCAGAGGAGGCAGCUCAACCCCGCCACUCCCCUCCCAUCAGGCUGAGGGAACGCUGCCGUAUCCCGGUCACACUCUCAGAUUCCGAGGGCGAGGAGAUGCCGCCGCUGGCCCAGUCUCCCCCUGGGCGGCCGCCCUCCGCAGCCCCGAGGUGCCCGAACUGCGGCGCUGCCCCGGGCUUGCGGGCGGCCGCCUGUCCCUACGAGCUGGAGUGGGAGCGACACUGGGCGGCAGCAGCCACGCCGGAGCCUGGAGCCGAUUCCCACACCCGCUGCCUCGGAUACAUGGUGCCCAACUCAUCCGACUCGGAGGCAGAGGGGAGGGCGGAUAGAUCAGGGCGCUGAUCUCGGCCGCCCCUGCAGUGUCUGCGCCCGAGUCGCUGCGGUGAAAUAAAGAGCGUUUUCGCUUAGACGUGACCAAUCUCCGGUUUGCGGGCAGACGUUUCUUACAACGGUUCACUCCGGGUCAGAGAUGAGGGGAUUUCAGGAGGGGCAAAGGAAAUUAUAUGGAUUCCCGAUUCAGGAUGGCGGAGAAAGAAAGUAGGCGUACAGGGUAAAGGGUGUAACCAUAAGACAUGGGAGCAGAAUUAGGCCAUCUGGCCCAUCGAGUCUGCCCCACCAUUCAAUCAUGGCUGACCCUUUUUCCUAACUCCGCCUCAGCUCCAGUUCUCGGCCUUCUCCCUGUAACCUUUGAUGCCAUGUCCAUUCAAGAACCUAUCUAUCUCUGCCUUAAAUACACCCAACGACCUGGCCUCCACAGCUGCACGUGGCAACAAAUUCACCUCCCUCUGGCUAAAGAAAUUUCCCACAUCUCCAAUUUGAAAGGGUGCCCCUCUAUCCUGAGGCUGUGCCCUCUUGUCCUAGACUCCCCCACCAAGGGAAACAUCCUUUCCAUAUCUACUCUGUCUAGGCCUUUCAACAUUCAAAAGGUUUCAAUGAGAUCCCCCCCCAUCCUUCUGAAUUCCAGCGAGUACCGACUCAGAGCCAUCAAACAUUCCUCAUAUGAUAACCCUCUCAUUCCUGGAAUCAUCCUUGUGAACCUCCUCUGAACCCUCUCCAAUGCCAGCACAUCUUUUCUAAGACGAGGGGCCAAAAACUGUUCACAAUACUCAGGGUGAGGCCUCUCCAGUGCCUUAUAAAGCCUCAGUAUCACAUCCCUGCUCUUGUAUUCUAGACCUCUUGAAAUGAAUGCUAACAGGGCAUUUGCCUUCCUCACCACCAACUCAACCCGCAAGUUAAUCUCCAGGGUGUUCCCAAGUCCCUCUGUAUCUCAGAUUCCUGGAUUUUCUCCCCAUUUGAAAAUACUCCACACAUUUAUUUCUAUUACCAAAGUGCAUGACCAUACAUUUCAUUGGAGGAACAACACCUGAUAUUCCAUCUGGGUAGCCUCCAACCUGAUGGCAUGAACAUUGAUUUCUCUAACUUCUCUUAAUGCCCCUCCUCCCUUUUCUCUCUGCCUAUCGCUCCUUGCCUGUUCUCUAUCUCCCUCUUCUGCCCCCCUCCCCCUUUCUUUCUCCCUAGGCCUCCCAUCCCAUGAUCCUUUCCCUUCUCUAGCUCUGUAUUCCUUUUACCAAUCACCUUUCCAGCUCUUAGUUUCACCCCACCCCCUCCGGUCUUCUAUCAUUUCAGAUUUUCCCCUCCCCCUCCUACUUUCAAUUCUCUU